AUGAAUCCAGACAAAAACGACGUCGACGUCGAGUCGGAGGGCGAAAAGCUCAAAGAUGAUGACCGCACUGGACGCUCCACGAAGAUCACCUUUGAGGAGGGCUCUUCCGCAGAGGGACUGCGGUCUAUUUACCAGCCGACUCAGGUCACUCGGACCCGCUCGCUGAGCCGUGAUACUAUUCGCAGCAACAGAAGCAGUAUGCAGGGAAACGCUGAACUGCCAAUUGAGUUCCGAACCCUCGCCAUUCAGAUCUCGGAAUCCCAGAACGCCCCCAAGGAGGCUAUCGUCGAUCCCCCAAAGGAGAAGCAGCCACACCAAGACUACUUCGAGAGCUUGGACUACCACGUCAUCUCCACCGAUAAACUGUGUCAAGAAUUCAAUGUCGAUCAGCGUGUUGGAUUAAGCUCGUCCGCUGCAGCCACCCGUUUGCAGCGGGACGGUAAAAAUGUCAUCGCCCACCAUCGCGAGAACUAUCUCAAGAAGAUCUUCUGGUACAUCUUUGGUGGAUUCUGUUCCGUUCUUUGGGUUGGUGUCGUCGUCUUCUUCAUUUGCUGGAAGCCUCUCAGCUUCUCAGCUUUCCAAGAUUGGUCCACUGCACGGGUCAUGAACUCCAUCCUUGGUCUCCUCCCCGCAGAAGCUAUGGUGCUGCGGGACGGGAAACUCAUCCAUCUCCCUGCCUCGGAUCUGGUCGCCGGUGACAUUGUUCAAAUUGCAAUUGGAAACAAGGUCCCGGCUGACAUGCGCCUCUUGACCACCUCCGGCGAUGUUCGCUUUGACCGUGCUAUUCUUACAGGCGAGUCGGAUGAGAUCGAAGGCGCCAUUGAUUGCACUGAGAACAACUUCUUGGAGACCCGGAACAUUGCCCUCAUGGGAACCGGUGUCACUAAUGGCAAUGCUAUUGGUGUUGUUGUUCUUACAGGCUCCAACUCUGUCAUGGGCCGCAUUGCGUCCAUGACAGCCGGUGUCAAGCAAAAGACAACCUUGAUUCAACGCGAGAUCAACCGCUUCGUUACAAUUAUUGUCGUUCUUACAGUCGUACUAGUUUUGCUCAUCGUUUUCACCUGGCUGGGAUGGCUGAAGCGGGAUCACCCUAGCUACAUGAGUGUCGUCGCCAUGCUGAACAAUGCCAUGGGAAGUGUGGUUGCCUUCAUCCCCGAAGGUGUGCCAGUCGCUGUGGCAUUGACCCUCAUGAUGGUUGCCAAGCGGAUGAAGAAGAACAACAUUUUGCCCAAGGGACUGGCAACCGUCGAGACCUUGGGCUGCGUGAAUGUCCUCUGCUCCGAUAAGACUGGUACUCUCACUCAGAACCGCAUGUUUGUCAAGUCGCUCGGAAUGGUCGACUGGGAAUACAGCCUCGAGGAUCUGGCUCCUGGCGAGUUCGGAACCGUUGAUCUUCCCGAAGGCCUGCGAAACAUGCUGCGCGCAUCUGUUCUGUGCAAUGACGCCGUCUUCGACCCGACUACUAUGAACUUGCCUGUUCAUGAACGUGAUGUCAAUGGCAAUGCUACCGAUGCCGCCGUUUUGAGAUUCGGUGACAGUGUUGGAAUGACCAACCCGACUGCCCUGGCUCCAUAUGAACGUGUGCACCAGAUUCCAUUCAACUCAAGGAACAAGUGGAUGCUCACCCUGCACCGUGACCCCAAAUCUACCAAGGAGUUCCUUCUCUACGUCAAGGGAGCCCCAGAUGUGCUGUUGGAUCGCUGUGCUACUUACUGGUCUGCUACUCAUGAUGCAGUUCGUCCUCUCGAUGCCGAAGCACGCGAAAAAUUCUCCAACUACCAGGCUAAACUAUCACGCCGCGCAGAGCGUGUGAUUGUCAUCUGCCAACGUCGCUACAUUCCCAAGUCUGCCCCUGGCUCGAACGAUUUCAGCAAUGAGAUGCUCGAGUGUGGUGUGCAGGAUCUCACAGUCCUCGGUAUCUUUGGUAUUAUUGAUCCCCCACGUCCUGAGACGGCCUCAACAGUCGCAGCUUGCCGCAAAGCCGGUAUCCGCUUCUUCAUGGUUACUGGUGACUUCGGAUUGACCGCUGCUGCCAUCGCUCGUGAGAUUGGAAUCUUCGACGGACAAGCUGAGCCAGACACCAUCGACGAUCUCAAGGAUGGCCUGGAUCCCACAAUGGAAACCAAAGUCCCCCGCUCACGACACAGCCUGCUUCUUGAAGGACCCAGCUUGUCAUCACUGGGUGUGGACGACUGGGAGACAGUCUGCGGCUACGAAGAGAUUGUUUUCGCUCGCACCACCCCUGAGCAGAAGCUUCGCAUCGUGACAGAACUCCAGGGUCGUGGUUGCGUCGUUGCUGUAACAGGUGAUGGUGUCAACGAUGCCCCAGCCCUGCGCGCAGCCGACGUCGGCAUUGCAAUCGGAUCUGGCAGUGAUGUUGCAAUUGAGGCAGCUGAUCUCGUACUCUUGGACAAGUUCGACUCCAUCGUUGAGGCCAUUCGUCUUGGUCGCUUGGUCUUCCAGAACCUGCAGAAAGUCAUCGCCUACCUCCUCCCAGCAGGUAGUUGGUCCGAGAUUUGGCCUGUGCUCAUGAACGUUUUCUUCGGCUGCCCUGCACCACUCAGCACCUUCCUCAUGAUCAUCGUCUGUGUCUUCACCGAUCUGUUCGUCUCUCUCGCACUCAUCAUGGAGAAAGAAGAAUUCGACCUCCUCAGCCUUCCCCCCCGCCGUCCCACCAAAGACCACCUCAUCAACCUCCGCAUCUACGGCCAGUCCUACCUGUUCGUCGGUGUAAUGGAAGCCUUCAGCGCCCACGCCAUGUUCUUCUUCUACAUGUGGCGCCACGCCGGUAUCCCCUUCUCCGACCUCAUCUUCGCCUUUGAGAGCUACGGCGAGGGCUUCCACGGCUACACCGCAGACGAGCUGAACCACUUCGUCGCCGUCGGCCAGUCCGUCUACUUCGUAACCCUGGUCAUCAUGCAAUGGGGCAACGUCUUGUCCGUCCGCAGCAAGCGCAUGUCCCUCCUGCAAGCCGAUCCCAUCCGUCCAGCCCGUCGCAACGUCUGGCUCCCUCUGUCCAUUCUCAUUUCCCUCAUUAUCGCCAUCUUUGUCACCGAAGUCCCCGGUAUCCAGAACAUCUUCGCUACAGCCUCAGUCCCCAUCUUGUUCUGGUGCAUCCCGAUCGGUCUUGCAAUGGGUGUCCUCUGUAUGGAUGAACUGCGUAAGCUCCUCGUCCGACUCUUCCCCAAGGGCCCCGUUGCCCGGAUCUCGUGGUAG